AUGGGAAGUAUUGCCGAAACACCACUGGUGAAAAUACCAGUCAUUGACAUCUCAGGCUUUUUGGCUGGCGACCCUGAAGCCAAAAGGCAAACAGCAUUGGAGGUUCGCGAUGCGUAUGAAAACCAGGGGUUCUUGCAGGUUAUCGGACAUUCCGUGCCUGUAGAGGUUCAAGAACGUUUCUUGUCUGCAAUCGCGAGCUUCUUUGCGCUUCCAUUAGCAGAAAAACAGAAGGUCUCGCAGGAGAACUCCAAGUGCUAUCGUGGCUACGAGCGCAUUGGUGGUCAAAAGCUAGACGAACUCGAUACAUCAGCGACUCCAGAUCAGAAAGAAGGCUUUUCCGUCCGACCGGAACGGCCACUCGGACGUUUCUUGCAAGGUCCAAAUCAGUGGCCCGAGAGUUUACCGGGCUUCAAGGAAGCCUACCUCGACUAUUUCAAUGCUGUCCAUGAGCUGUCGAAGAAUGUGUUCAGAUUGAUGGCUUUGUCGCUCGAUCUACCGGAAGACCAUUUUGAUGCGUUUGCCGCCGACCCAGAUGGGCUCUGUCUUUGUCGGUCUCAUCAUUACCCUCCCACACCCGCCGAUGUGGCCGGCCGGACUCGAGGUGUCGGUGCCCAUACCGACUUCGGGGCCUUGACAUUGCUCCUGCAGGACGAGGUCGGCGGGCUGGAAGUCCUGCAUAAGGCUACCGGCACUUGGCACCAUGUCCCUCCUGUAAAGGGGGCCUAUGUCUGCAAUAUCGGUGAUCUGAUGCAAAGAUGGACAAACAACCGAUACAAGUCUACCAUGCAUCGAGUCAUCUCUCCCUUAUCGGGCAAGGACCGAUACAGCUGCGCUUUCUUCAAUGAUGGUGCUCUGGAUACGAUCAUUGAAUGCUUGCCCACCUGUAUCAAGCCAGGCGAGGAGCCGGCAUACGAGCCUCUUCAGGUUGAGAAGCAUAUUGUCGAACGAUACGUGCAGAGCUACGGGGCGGGUGGAACUGUCUUAGUAGCUGCAUGA